GAUGUUCUCCGCUAGAUGAAGUGUGAACAGGCAACUAUUUGGUUCAAGGAUUUCUCUUCUGCAGGGAGGAGGACAAAACCUAAGGGCUGUUCCAGCACAAUGGGGAGGCGGAGUCUCCUGCUCUGCCUCGUGAUGGCAGCGUGUCUCUACGGCAGCGGUGCUCAGACAACAGUCUGCACCCAAGAGGCCGUAGCUGACUUGGUCUUCAUGGUGGAUGGCUCAUGGAGCAUCGGAACCGAGAACUUUGAUCAGAUCCGUCAGUUCCUCUACACGCUGGUGGACAGCUUUGACGUUAGUCCUGAUCACGUCCGGGUCGGCCUGGUCCAGUACAGCUCCUCUCCACGUACAGAGUUCAAGCUGAACACAUUCCAGAGCAAGAAAGGGAUCCUAGAAUACAUCAAGAGGCUACCUUACCGUGGAGGUGGAACCAACACCGGACAGGGCUUGGACUUCAUGCUGAACAACCAUUUUGUGAAUCCGUCCGGAAGUCGAGUAGAGCAGAAAGUGCCGCAGAUCGCCGUGGUCAUCACCGACGGCAAAUCUCAAGACGAAGUGGCGCACCAUGCUGAGAGGCUGAGGAGCAGGGGGAUCAUUCUGUAUGCUAUCGGCAUCAAAGAUGCAGAUGAAAAUGAGCUGAAGCAGAUCGCAAACCGGCCGCACAGUCAGUACGUCCACAGCGUGUCAGACUUCUCCGCCCUGCAGGGGAUUUCUCAGAACAUCGUCCAGACGCUCUGCACCACCGUGGAGGAGGCCAAGAGGCAACUCCAGCAGCUGUCUCAAGAAUGUGCCAUAGCCAACAAGGCCGACAUCGUUUUCUUGGUCGACGGCUCCUCCAGCAUCGGCAUCCCAAACUUUCAGCAAGUUAGGGUGUUUCUGCGAAGCGUCGUCUCUGGCCUUGACAUAGGCCCAGACAAAGUUCGGGUCGGCCUGGCUCAAUUCAGUAAUGAGCCUCACAAAGAGUUCUUGUUGAAGGAUAACCUGGAUGCCUCAUCUCUGCUGACUGCCAUAGACACAUUUCCCUACCGGACUGGAGGCACAAAGACCGGCAAAGCCAUUGACUUCCUGAUUUCAGAGUACUUCACAGAGGAGGCGGGGAGCAGAGCAAAUCAGAGGGUACCUCAGAUCGCCGUUGUUAUCACGGAUGGAGACUCGGAAGAUGAGGUGGAGGAGCCGGCCCAACGACUGCGACAGAAGGGGGUGAUUGUCUUUGCCAUUGGUGUGGGCAAAGCCAACCAACGGGAACUAGAGGAUAUCGCUAACCAGCCAUCACAGCGUUUCCUGUUCACCAUCGACAGCUACCAGGCCCUGCAGAGGCUAACUAAAGGUCUGCUGCAAACUGUCUGUGUGUCCAUGGAAGACCAAAGACAAGCUUUGGCGGAAAAGUUUGCAGACAUCUUCUUCCUGCUGGAUGGUGGUAUGACAGCAUCUCAGUUUCAGCAGAUCAAAUCGUUCCUCAUCAGACUAUCCAGACAGCUUAACUUUGGAGCUUCUGCAUACCGUCUGGGCUUGGCCCAGUAUGGUCAAGAUAUUAGGGUGGAGUUUCUCCUCAACCAGCACCAAACCAAACAGGAGACCCAGGCAGCAGUGAGCAGCGUCCAACAUCUCCGGGCUUCAUCUACCGAACAACGAAACCUGGGCUCUGCCUUGGCCUAUGCCAGCGCUAACUUCUUCACCAAAGAGGCAGGAAGUCGUGCGGAUCAAGGCUACCGACAGUUCCUGGUUGUUCUGAGUGCGAAGGAUUCCAAAGAUCCAGUGUUUAAAGAAUCCCGCCUGAUCAAGUCAGCUGGCAUCACGGUGGUGGGGAUGAGCCUUGGAGCUUCCAUGGAAGAACUGAGUGUGGUCGCCACUGCGCCAUACAUUUACCGGGUCAAUGCCACCUUUGUUCCUCUGCUCAGACAAAUCUUUGAAGCAGAGGAACUGGAGACCUUUCAGAGUGGAGACUGCAAAGCUGCCAAACUGGCCGACAUUGUGUUUAUCAUUGACGAGUCGGGAAGCAUCGGCGUCCAAAACUUCCAGCUGGUGCGCUCCUUCCUGUACUCUAUCAUGAACGGACUGGAGAUCAGUCCAAGCAAAGUCAGAGUGGGGAUCGUGAUGUACAAUGAAAAGCCUACAGCGCAGGUCUACCUCAACUCAUUCAGGACAAAAGAUGAACUGCUAAACUUUAUCAAAAUUCUGCCCUACCGUGGGGGAGGUACAAACACGGGGGCCGCCUUGAACUUCACACGAGAAAACAUCUUUGUCACAGAGAAAGGAAGCAGGAAGGAUAAAGGUGUGGAGCAGGUGGCGGUGGUAAUCACUGAUGGAGAUUCCCAAGACGCUGUGAGCGAAGAAGCAACUGAACUUCGCCGUGCUGGAGUUACGGUUUAUUCAGUGGGAGUCGAAAAUGCCAACUAUGAAGAGCUGAUGAUGAUGGCUUCCUACCCUCCACAGAAACAUGUUUUUAUUGUGGAUAGCUUUACCAAACUGAAAUCCCUGGAGCAGAGCCUGCAGAAAACCCUCUGCUACAACAUCAUCCGGCAGGCGGUCUCAGUCGGUACGAGGAGCUCCAGUAUCAAAGAAGGUUGCAUUCAGACAGAGGAAGCCGACAUCUUCUUCCUCAUUGACCAGUCAGGGAGUAUUUAUCCAGCUGACUUUGUUGACAUGAAGAAGUUCCUCCUUGAGUUUAUAGAAACUUUCCGUAUUGGGCCACAGUACGUCCGUUUAGGUGUUGCAAAAUAUGCUGAUUCACCAACCCUUGAAUUUGAUCUGACGACCUACACGGAUAAGAAGACAUUGGAGGAAGCGGUACAGAGGAUCCAACAGGUGGGAGGCGGUACAGAGACUGGAAAAGCCCUGACGUUCAUGAGUCAGCUGUUUAAGACCGCCAUGAAGACCCGCGGACACAAAGUUCCUGAUUACCUGGUGGUUAUUACUGAUGGUAAGUCUUCAGAUGAAGUCAAGGCUCCUGCGGAAGCUCUGAGGGCGCAAGGUGUUACCGUCUACGCCAUCGGAGUGAAGAGCGCAGACGUGCAAGAGCUGGAAGAGAUUUCCAAUGACCCUAAGAGGACGUUCUUCGUCAACGACUUCGAUGCUCUAAAUCCAAUCAAGGACGAUAUAAUCACUGACAUUUGUACUACCGAAGUUUGUAAAGAUGUACCAGGUGACCUGAUGUUCCUCGUGGACAGCUCUGGGAGUAUUUACCCAGAAGACUACGAAAAAAUGAAGGACUUCAUGAAAUCUGUCAUUAGCACGUCUUUUGUUGGACAGGACAAUGUUCGUAUCGGCGUCAUGCAGUUCAGCAGUACCCAAGAGGUAGAGUUCAACCUCAAUACAUACUUCACCAAAAAUGGCAUUUUAGAGGCUGUCGACGCCAUGCGGCAGAAAGGUGGAGGAACGCUCACAGGUAGAGCAAUCUCGGAGGUGUCUCAGUAUUUCAGUCCAGCCCAGGGAGGACGCCCAGAACUGCAGCAGAGGCUUGUAGUGAUCACCGAUGGUGAGGCCCAAGAUGAAGUUAAGGCGCCUGCAGAGGCACUUAGGGCCAAAGGAGUUCUAGUCUAUGCCAUCGGAGUGAUGGAGGCCAACACCACCCAGCUUCUGGAGAUCAGUGGAUCUCCAAACAGAAUUUAUGCUGAGAGGGACUUUGACGCCCUGAAGGAUCUCGAGAGACAGCUGUCAUUGGAGCUGUGUGAUCCAGAGAGAGAGUGUAAGAAGACCGAACAGGCAGACAUCAUAUUCCUGGUGGACGGCUCCACAAGCAUAACGCUGCCCAAGUUUAGAAGCAUGCAGAAGUUCAUGCAGUCCAUGGUCAAUCAAACCACUGUUGGAAAAGCCCUGACUCGCUUCGGCGUCAUCCUCUACUCCACCAACCCCAACUCCAUCUUUACUCUGAAUCAGUACAGCACCAGACAAGAAGUUAUUCAAGCAAUAGCAGCUCUGCGGUCCCCGUAUGGAGACACCUACACUGGACGGGCUCUGACCUAUUCCUUACAGUUCUUCAGCUCUGAGCACGGAGGGCGAGCGGAGCAGCAGGUGCCUCAGAUCCUCAUGGUGAUCACAGAUGGAGACGCCACUGACCGUUACAAUCUGGCUGAGCCGUCUAAGGCCCUGAGAGAUAAAGGAGUUAACGUGUUCAGCAUCGGAGUGGAAGGAGCCAAUGUGACCCAGCUGGAGAUCAUGUCCGGUCAUGAUAAAUCAAAGGUUUUCUAUGUGGACAACUUCGACGCCCUGGAAACUCUCUACACGAACAUCACUAAGGAGCUCUGCAACUCCACCAAGCCAGUUUGUGAGAAACAGCAGGCUGACCUGGUCUUCCUGAUUGAUCAGUCUGGCAGCAUCGACCCAAAAGACUACACCAUCAUGAAGAACUUCACUGUUGAACUGGUGAACAGCUUUAAAGUCAGCCAGGAUUUGGUUCGCGUGGGACUCGCCCAGUUCAGCAGCGAAUUCGAGCACGGGUUUUACCUAAACGAGUUCUUCCAGGAGGUGGAGGUGUCCAGCAAAAUCCUGAACCUAAGACAGCUGGGUGGAGGCACCAAAAUCGGACUGGCUCUAGAUUCCAUCAGGGAAUAUUUUGAAGCUUCUCGCGGCAGCCGUAGAUCUUCAGGGAUCUCACAGAACCUGGUGCUAAUCACCGAUGGAGAUUCAGAAGAUGACGUCGAGGAUCCAGCCGAUCGUCUCAGAGCUUUAGGAAUCGAGAUGUUUGCCAUAGGCGUUGGUGACGUCCAUGACCUGCAGCUGCUGCAGAUCACCGGUGAUCCCAGGAAGCUCUUCACUGUGCAGAACUUUGGCAGCUUGGAUGCAAUCAAACAGAAGGUAGUAGACACCAUCUGCAAGUCCAAACCUUCCUCAGAUCCGUCUGGUGAGUUAUAUCGGAGUUCCUCUCUUGCAUUUGGAGGAGUAGCGUUACUUCAAACUGUGACCAUCUUCCUCCAGGUGCUGGUGAUCUUCUCAGACGGACUUGAUGAAGACGUGAUGUUACUGGAGAACGAAUCUGACAGGCUGCGGAAGUCAAACAUCAGCGCUCUGCUCGUCGUCGCUCUGGAAGGCGUCCGUAACGCCCCGCAGCUGCAGAUGGUCGAGUUUGGUCGAGGGUUCGGAUACCAACUUCCUCUGAGCAUUGGCAUGCCGAACGUCGAGGGAACCAUCCUCAAGCAGAUCGACGCGGUGUCGGAUAGAGAGUGCUGCAACGUCAUGUGCAAAUGUUCCGGAGCAGAAGGAAUCCGAGGCUCUCGGGGCCCCCCGGGGUCAAAGGGCGUUCGAGGACAGAAGGGUUACGCCGGCUUCCCAGGAGAGGAAGGAGCUGCCGGUGAACGAGGCCCCCCUGGACCCACCGGACCUCAGGGAGUCCAAGGCUGCCCUGGACUCAGAGGGCAGAAGGGAGGACGAGGCCUUCGGGGAGACAGGGGUGAAGACGGAGAGGACGGCCUGAACGGAGUGGAUGGAGAACAGGGAGAGGCUGGAAACAACGGAACUCGUGGAGAAGGUGGAAACCCAGGAAACCCGGGUAUCCCUGGAACCAGAGGGGGACCAGGGUUGAAGGGACAGCGAGGGCUGAGAGGAGAUCCGGGAGAACCUGGCAUCUCAAACACGUCCCCUGGAGCCAAAGGAGAAGCUGGAUACCCAGGUCUGCAGGGGACCCCAGGACUGGACGGAGUGAGGGGAGAGACGGGAUCCGAUGGAAACAUGGGUCUACCUGGAAGACCAGGAAAUCCAGGAUCAAAGGGCGCCACCGGACCGAAAGGCUCUAAAGGAUCAGAAGGUAUCCAAGGGGUUUCCGGUGCUCAGGGUCCCAGAGGGGUCCGGGGUCCUCCAGGACCAGGAGGAGUCCCAGGUCUCCAUGGACCGCAGGGUGGGCCUGGAUCUGCGGGAAACAAAGGACAAGUGGGAAAGCUUGGAGCGACUGGACUGAAGGGCCAAUCAGGAGACCCAGGUGACCCAGGAGAAGCAGGACCACAGGGAGCCAGAGGAGCACCGGGUCCGGAUGGCAGCGAUGGUUUCGGACCUCCCGGAUCUCCAGGUUCAAAGGGAGAUGCUGGAUUCCCUGGUUAUCCCGGCCUGCUGGGGGAAGACGGGCUGCAGGGGCCCAAAGGAGACCCUGGACGCAGAGGGAACCGAGGUCGACCGGGGAACUCGGGCCGACCGGGAGAAUCUGGAAUGUUUGGAGAACCGGGAUACCCAGGACACAGAGGUCCCAGAGGUCCUCCUGGAACCAGUCCUAUGACGGAGUGUCAGCUGGUCACCUACAUCAGAGACAACUGUGCUUGCUCCAUCGGCCAAGCAGAUUGCCCCGCAUAUCCCACUGAGCUGCUCUUUGGCCUGGAUAUGUCCGAUGCUGUGACACAAGCCGCCUUUGACAGGCAGCGCUCUGCCCUCCUGUCUCUGCUGGAAGACAUUCAUAUCGCAGAGAGCAACUGUCCGAGAGGUGCCCGCGUCGCUGUGGUGGGAUUCAGCUCCCACACCAAAUACCUGAUCCGCUUCCAGGACUACCGCAGGAAGACUCAGCUGAUAGAAGCAGUGCAAAACAUCGCCUUGGAGAGGACAUCCAACAAGCCCUACUUAGGCGCUUCAAUGCGCUUUGUUGGGCAAAACGUCUUCAAACGUGUGAGAGCUGGAACAAUGCUGAGGAAGGUGGCGGUUUUCUUUUCAAAUGGGCGGACAGAAGACGUGGACGACAUUGUCACUGCUCUAAUGGAAUACCGAGCUCUUAACAUCAUCCCAGCAGUUAUUUCUCUGACCAGGUCUCUUGAAAUAAGAAAUGCUAUAGAGGUUGAUGACUCUGGUCAUUCUAUCUUCACACCACUGUUAAGGCAGGACAACCUGGUUAAUGACUUGAAGAGGAUAAAGAAUUGUGCAAUCUGUUAUGACCCAUGCAGGCGCUCACAGGAGUGCUCCUUCAUCCUGGACCCGCUGCCGCCUCAGCAGGUAGAUGUGGACCUGGCUAUAGUUCUAGACAGCUCCAGGGAAAUGCAGGCGGAUGAAUACGCUGGUGCCAAGCAGCUGCUGGGUUCCCUGGUGGAGCAGCUGGAUGUAAGUUCACAGCCCCGCAGAUCUGGAACCAAGGCUCGCAUUGCUGUGGUCCAGCAGAGCGGCACCAAGGAUGCCAGGGUGGAGUUCAACCUUCAGACUUACCAGAGUCAGGCUGUAAUGAAGCAACACCUGAUGGAGAAAAUGCAGCAGCAGAGUCGUUCCUCGGUUUUGGGACAAACGCUGGACUUCACCCUCAAUGAGGUGCUGCUGAAGGCCAGUCCGGCACGCAAAAGCAGGGCUAUGCUGACCAUGGUGGCCUCCCAGACAGCUUACAUGGACAGAGAGCGGCUGGGCUACAUCUCCCUGAAGGCCAAGUGUGCGGGCGUGGCCAUGUUUGUGGUGGCAGUCGGUGAUCGGUACAACCAGACGCAGGUGCAGCAGUUGGCUGGUUCACCCACCCAUCAGCACCUGAUCCACCUCAACCGGCUGACGGCUGAGGAACAGGGCUAUGUCCAACGCUUCUUCAGAGUCUUCCUCUCUGUCCUCAACAAGGGAAGAAACUCCUAUCCUCCUGCUUCCCUGAGAGAGAUCUGUGCCGGGCUGAACGGUCAGGAGCAAGGACAGACCUCCUUCACAGAGAUUCUCGCUGAUGCUGGGCAGCCUGAGGGGGAGGAGUUUCAGGAGCAGACCGGCGGCCAGACUCAGACCGACCUGCUGGACAUCAUCAAAACACCAAGCAGAGGAGACUGGCAUGGAAUGGACCUGAAAGCCCGCUGUCAGCUGGAUGCUGAUAUGGGUUUCCCGUGUACCGACUAUGUCCAACGGUGGUUCUUUGACAGAACCAUCGCUGCAUGCUCCCCCUUCUGGUUCGGCGGCUGCGGCGGAAACGCCAACCGCUUUAGCACGGAGCAUGAAUGUUUCCUGACGUGUGGCGUCCAGAAUCCCAGCGUGAGGCUGCAGACGAAGACGACCAGCUUGACUAAAGACGCCUGCCUCCUCAACCAGGAUCCAGGCAGCUGCCAGGACUACACCGUCAUGUGGUUCUUUGACAACAAGCAGAACGAGUGCCAGCGUUUCUGGUUCGGCGGCUGCGAUGGGAACGCCAACCGCUUCCAGACAAAGGGGGAUUGCGAGAAGCUGUGUCUGAAGCAGAUUCUAUGAGGAGGACGAAGGUCUCAGCUGCAGGAGAACCCGCAGGACUGCAUGUCACCAGCAGAAGGCGUUUUCUGCUUCACCGUCUACGGGGCUCCUGAAGGGUCACGCUGAGAAGGUUUUCCAGCAAAGGUUCCUUCAGAUCCGCAAAAAAAGAAAUUUGUUUGUGAAGAUCUUUGUUCCCGCUUAAGAAAAUCUUCAUCGUCUGAAACGCAGCUACAAGAAAACACAACAAACAUAAACGGAAUCAUCACCAAACCAUCCGAGUUGUUCCUCCAGGAGGAAGAAUGAAGCUGAGCAAAUGUCCUAUAAGUGAUGAUCUGGGUCCGGAGGCCGGAUCCUUCUUGGUUCUGUUCAGGCUUCAGCUGCUUUUUGAUCCAGAAUCAUCAGAAACCUUCAGUUCCUCUUUUAAACCUUCUUCAUUUCUGCUCGGACCAAACCAGCCUAAUAUGGGGGGAAUUUUAUUCCAUUAUUGUUGCAAAGAAAACAUUUUUUAAAAGAAACUUUGAAAAAUGUUUUAACCACUUUCAUUUUCUCUCAGAUUUUAUUUCCAACUAUAUUUUUCUCGAAUAUUUUUUUAAAUAAUU